AACAUGUGACCUCUAAGUCAAUGACGAAGGCGUGCACCAAACUACACCCUCUUUUCAUUAAGUUAAUAUAUUGAAAUCCAUAUUUGCGAAUAUAAAUUUGUCAACGUGGCCUUUGUGGACUUUGUCUAUAUAUUUCCUAUAGAUAAAACCUAUAGAUAUUUGUCAGCCCUUAAACCAAGGAUCAAUGUCUAGUUUCUUCUCUGUUCAUUUUUAUUUUUUGGGUUAAUGAACUCUUGGUUCUUCUUUGAAGGCUUCGUAUCUUAAUUUUUAUUGCGACCGAGGAAGGUUCAUCUUGACUUCCUUAUCCCCAGUGUGAAUUUGGUCAUUCAUUAUAUGUAUAUUAUUUUCCAACUUAUAUUAUAAGAUAAUAUUAUAAUAUGUCCCAACAUGUGUGCAUGCAUGAGAAAAGUCCAAUACUCCCACGUCUUAUAUAAACAAUGUUAAGCCCCCUUCACUUUAUAUGUGCUCAAUCCCCUACAACGAAAUUGUAACUUAUUAUUAGAUGGCUUCCCUUUCUCCGUCGGCUGCCGCCGGCACCACCACCGGUUCCGCCACCUCUGGCGCCUUCUUCCUUCAAAAGAAGGCGCUUGCAGUCCCAACUUAUUCUAGGACCAAAAAGGCCUCCUUCCCCAGGGUUUCAUGCAAGGCCACAAACAACAAUGAUUCUAGCGAGGAACAAUCCUCUCUAGGAAAGUUUGAUAGGAGGAAUGUCCUUAUCGGACUCGGUGGGCUUUACGGGGUGGCAGGCUUGGGCCAUGAUCAGCUUGCCUUUGGGGCACCGAUCUCUGCCCCGGACUUGACUGAAUGUGGGAAGGCAGACUUGCCGGCUGGGGCGAAGGCCACCAACUGCUGCCCCCCAUCCUCCACUAAAAUUGUCGACUUCAAGCUCCCACCGCCAUCAAAUGCCCCGCUCCGGGUUCGGCCCGCAGCCCAUCUGGCUGACAAGGACUACAAGGCAAAGUACGCCAAGGCCAUCGAGCUCAUGAAAGCCCUGCCGGCUGAUGAUCCGAGGAGCUUCAUGCAGCAGGCCAAUGUCCAUUGUGCCUAUUGCGAUGGGGCCUAUCACCAGGUUGGGUUACCGAACCUUGAUCUCCAGGUCCACAACUCUUGGCUCUUCUUCCCAUUCCAUCGAUACUACCUCUACUUCCAUGAGAAGAUCCUCGGGAAACUUAUUGACGACCCGACCUUUGCCCUGCCAUUUUGGAACUGGGACGCACCUGCCGGCAUGCAAAUGCCUGCGAUAUAUGCUGACCCCAAGUCACCUCUAUAUGACCAAUAUCGUAAUGCCAAGCACAAGCCUCCAAUGCCUGUGGAUCUCGACUACAACGGGCAGGACCCAACUGGCUCUAAUGCGGACCAGUUGUCUAGUAAUCUCACCAUAAUGUACAGGCAGAUGGUGUCUAAUGGCAAGACUUCUAAGCUCUUCCUUGGCAGUGCUUAUCGGGCAGGCGAUGAGGCAGAUCCUGGUGCUGGUUCAGUUGAGAACAUCCCGCAUGGGCCUGUCCACAUAUGGUGCGGUGAUAACACACAACCUAACUUAGAGGACAUGGGCAACUUUUAUUCGGCCGGCCGAGAUCCCAUUUUCUUCGCUCACCACUCGAACGUAGAUCGGAUGUGGACCAUAUGGAAGACACUAGGAGGGUCGAAGCGAAAAGAUUUCACAGAUCCUGAUUGGUUAGACGCCGCAUUCCUCUUCUAUGACGAAAAUGCCCAACCUGUCCGUGUUAAGGUCCGAGACUGUCUCGAUAACACUAAGCUAGGGUACGUGUAUCAAGAUGUGGAGAUCCCAUGGUUGAAAUCAAAGCCGACACCUCGUAAACUGGUCAAGAAAGUAACUAGAAAGCUCGGAGUUGCCCAGGCCGCCGAGACCCCCAAGAAUUUACCGAGAGUGCAGUUCCCUAUAACUCUUGACAAAGUCGUCAGCACCCUCGUCCCGAGACCAAAGAAGAAGAGAAGCAAGAAGGAGAAGGAGGAAGAAGAGGAGGUGCUGGUCAUAGAAGGAAUAGAGUUUGACAGGGACAUGUUCGUGAAAUUUGAUGUGUACAUCAAUGAUGAGCAUGACUCCCUAAGUACUCCUGACAAGACUGAGUUUGCGGGCAGCUUCGUGAACGUGCCACACAAGCAUAAGCAUGGCAAGAAGAUGAAGACCCGCCUGAGGUUAGGGAUAACCGAUCUCUUGGAGGAUUUGGACUGUGAAGACGACGAUAGUGUCUUGGUCACUUUGGCCCCAAAGAAUGGAAGCACCACUGUCAGAAUUGGCGGUAUCAAGAUCGAGUUUUCCGAUUAACCAAGAAAACCUUCCCCGAGUGUGAUGUUUAUAGCCAUCAAACGAUACAGAGAACGUAAACUCGUCUGUAAUAGUGUUGUGCUUCGAUGGGG